CCAACACACCUAUUGCUAUUGCGGCUCCUGCCCACGGGACCUCUGCCGCCUUCAAGCCUAAGACAUAUCUUCUGAAAUACUGAAGCAACACCUACAAAGCCAUCAUUCCACGGAGCUUCUCAGAACCCCUAUGAUUAUAGGGCUUCCAUACGAUCGGUGACUGGAGUUCGACCCCCGCUUUCUGAUUAGCCAUGGACCAGUAUACACCUGAAGAGCUGGCUACAUUGAGAGGAGAUGACCGAGGGCCUCUAUGCAAACGCAUUGUCGUAUCCUUCACAGUCCUGUCAUUCAUCUCGGUAUGCCUUCGGCUUUACACAAGAAUCAGGUUCUACAGAAUAGGCUGGGAGGACUGGACAAUAACAGCGUCUAUGAUAGCGUCUAUAGGAACCGCAAUCUGCCAAAUUCUGCAGGUGAAUGCUGGCAAUGGAAAGCAUGCAAUAUUUGUCCCAUACCCCGAGGGCGUGUCCGAAAGUUUGAAGUACCUCUACUUCAGCAUCAUCACCUACAACUUCAGUCUCACAGUCACAAAGAUAUCGAUUCUGCUGCAGUAUUACCGCAUCUUCACGCUGCGCGAGAUGCGCAUCCCAGUAUACAUAGCUCUUGCUCUCGUGAGCGCCUGGAGCAUCGUCACUGUGUUCACGGCAAUAUUCUCCUGCAUCCCGGUCGAUGUGUUCUGGAAAGUGACGGAACAAACAGCCGCUACGUGCGUCAAUCUGGUGGUAUUGUGGUAUGUCAUUGCAUCCGUCAACAUCUUCACAGAUCUUGUGGUAGCCGUCAUCCCAAUCCGAGGCAUCUGGAACUUGCAAAUCCCAAAACGCCAAAAAAUUGCUCUCCUCGGCAUCCUGACGGUGGGAUGGAUCGUCUGUAUUGUUUCCGUCUUGCGCCUGCACGCACUCUACGAGUUGAACAAGCACCUAGAUGACGCGUCAUACUACAGCGCUCCUACAGCCUACUGGAGUACCGUCGAAGCCAACCUUGCGAUCGUAUGCGCAUCCUUACCUGCGCUCAAGCCUUUGGUCUCCAGAAUCGUACCCGGCUUCGGCACCGGGCAUAGCAGCAGAGGGCGAGGUUCGACCGCAGUGAGCGGCAAUAAGCACAGACUACACAAUAUCGGCAGCAAGAGCUUACAGAGGUCUGCUGAUGAAGAAGAAGAGAAGCUGACAGACGCUUCCAGCGCCAGUCACGCGCAGUCGUUUGCAUCGGCACCUUCGGAGAGCGAGAAUCAUGGGAGAAACAUUUAUGUGACGAAGCACUUCGAACAACAUGUCGAAGACAUCCAUACCGGGCCGAUGGACAGUGGGAAAUAAGUAAUAGCAGCACCCCUGGGGAGUUCCUAGCGCGUGAUGGCGCUUAACAGUAAUGUAAAGUACGGACGAACGGAUGUCGAUGCGAAUUACGAUACCUAUGAAUACUUCCUCGUCCUUC